CGAGCCGUAGAGCGGAGGAGCGGGUCAGUCUCGGCCCGACGUCUCGACAUGCCGCGCUCGUUCCUGGUCAAGAGGAAGCAGUCGGCCUGCGCCGGGUGGCAGUGGAAGGAACCCGAGCCCUGCUUCGGUCCAAACACAGUGUCUGUACAGAGUCCCAGUGCUGAUCUGGAGUCAGUGUCUGAGUGCGCUCAUGACAUCCACAAACACACACCUGCUUCUGCUCCCGCUGCUCUGGAGCGUCACAGGGAGGAUUAUGGGAUAGAGAGAGUUCAGCCGUCUCAGAGCAGCCUUUCUCCUCCUCCUGCACUGGCCUGCAAGGCGCGUGAAUCCGGCGGCUCGUCUGAGUUCCUGUGCUCCGUGUGUCACAAAGUGUUUCCACUGCAGCGCAUGCUGACGCGUCACCUCAAGUGCCACAGCCUGAUCAAGAGACACCCGUGCAGGUUCUGCGGGAAAGGCUUCAACGACACCUUCGACCUGAAGAGACACAUGAGAACACACACCGGUAUCCGUCCGUACCGCUGUGAUCUGUGUGAGAAAGCGUUCACGCAGCGCUGCUCUCUGGAGUCUCACCUGCGGAAGAUCCACGGCGUGCGGCAGCAGUACGCGUACCGUCAGCGGCGCUCCAAGAUCUUCGUGUGCGAGGACUGCGGCUUCACCUCCAGCCGGCCGGACGAGUACUUCCUCCACGUCAGACAGCAGCACCCGAGCAGCCCGGCGCUGCGCCGCUACUACCGCAAACACAUGCUGGAGAGCCCGUCGCAGCACAGCAUCGCCCCCUUCAUGCUGUAUCCUGCCUCAGGACUCUACAUGUGA